UGGUAUCGUCCAUGUCUCCACAGCAUCAAACGCACAUGUUGGGUGUGUUGUGUUGAGGAUUGCAGCGAUAUUACAGCAUUUAGCAAACCUCUGCAGGCUGUCACGUUGCUGUGUGCGCUCCAGUCACCGCAGAUACAAUGCGAUAAGUGUCACAGUUAAUAAGAAAUAAUUACAAAAUCGGAUUUAUUGUAGGAAACUCUUGCGGCGAGGAGGCUGACACGCGUUCAAACGUGGCUGGAAACGGCUCCUGUUCACCGGACUGAAGGCUUUGAGGCUCGCCGUGUGACACCAUGAGCUCCAAGGUGUGUAGGAACUGCGGCAGCACGGACAUCGACGUGGACCAUGCCCGCGGAGAUGCCGUCUGCAUGACCUGCGGCUCCGUGCUAGAGGACAACAUCAUCGUGUCCGAGGUGGAGUUCGUGGAGACGGGAGGCGGAGGCUCGUCGGCUGUCGGACAGUUUGUCUCUUCUGAAGGUGGAGCUAUCAACCCGAGUUUUGGAGACAACCACUUCACAGGUGUGGGGAGGGAGUCCAGAGCUCAGACGGUGCAGAGAGCACGACUCAACAUCAACACUCUGGGUCACCAGCUGCAGAUGAACAAACACUGUCUGGACACGGCGUUGAACUUCUACAAGAUGGCGCUCACCAAACACCUGACCCGCGGCCGCAAGUCCGCCCACGUUAUCGCUGCAUGUCUCUACCUGGUGUGCCGCACUGAGGGAACGCCACACAUGCUGCUGGACCUCAGCGAUCUCCUGCAGGUAAACGUCUACGUGCUGGGGAGAACGUUCCUCGUGCUGUCAAGAGAGCUGUGCAUCAACGCCCCGGCUAUAGACCCGUGCCUGUACAUUCCCCGCUUCGCCCAGCUGCUGGAAUUUGGGGAGAAGAACCACGACGUGUCCAUGACGGCGAUGAGGCUGGUGCAGAGGAUGAAGAGGGACUGGAUGCACACGGGACGAAGGCCGUCGGGGCUCUGUGGAGCAGCUCUUCUCGUUGCCGCUCGUAUGCACGACUUUCGCCGCACCAUUAAAGAAAUCGUCAGCGUUGUAAAAGUGUGUGAAACCACGCUCAGGAAAAGACUGGUUGAGUUUGAGGACACACCCACCAGUCAGCUGACCAUCGAGGAGUUCAUGAAGAUGGAUCUGGACCAGGAGUGUGACCCCCCCUGCUUCACAGCGGGAUUAAGGAAGAAAAAAGCCCAUAAGCUGGAGAUCGAGCUGAAGAAGAAGAUGGAUGAAGUCGAAGAUGAAAUUCAAAGCUACCAGGAUGAGAUCGACGCAGAGCUCGAGAGCGCUCGACCCAAACUGAGAGGAGUGUACGCCGCUUACACCAAGCAAGGCCGUGAAAAUGUCGCUAACGGCGGCCUCUCCACGCCCCCUGCGAUGGAAGACUGCGAGGAACUGGGCGACGAAGACGUGCUCCAGGCCGUAGCCAAGCACUUUGGCAAAGAGCUCGGCGAGCUCACACUGGAGGCUCUGUUGAAACUGGAGCAGCAGAAGCCGGGGCAGGAAGAGGAUGACCAAGACGAGGAUGUCCCAAAGCGAAAAGCCCCGUCGCUGGCGUCCAUCCUGGGCACGAUGCCCACGGCGGCUACUCUCGGCCUCUCCGAGUCCAUCAGCAACUACUUCGGAGACGGGAAGGAGAACGAUGGUGCUGGCGACAGUGGGGAGCUGGACCUGAGUGGGAUAGAUGACAGCGAGAUCGAGCUGUAUCUGCUGAGUGACAAAGAAAUCAAAGUGAAGACGGCGCUGUGGAUGGCAGAAAACUCCGACUACCUCAAAGAGCAGAAAGUAAAGGAAGCAAAGAUAGCGAAGGAGAAGGCGCUGGGGAUCUACAAAGAAAAGAAGUCCAGAGGACCGAAGAGGAAGCACCCUCCGAUCCGAGCCAACACCGCAGACGAGGCCAUCGAGAAGAUGCUGGAGCAGAAGAAGAUCUCCACCAAGAUCAACUACGACGUCCUGAAGGACCUCAACAUCAAGCCGGGAGCCAGCCCAGCUCGCGUGGCCGAGUCCCCGAAGAAGGAACCGUCUGCCACCAAACUGCCCGGACGCAACCGCAAUCCUGUUCGAGCUCCACUCAGCCUCAGCACGCCGCUCAGCAGCCUGGGAAAAAG